AUGUUGUCGACAGGAUUCACCGAAAUCGGCGCACUUAAUUGGUACCUAGGUAUAUGUGUGUUACUGUCAUGGGUGGCUGUCUUUCUCUGCCUUUUUCAAGGCGUGAAAUCAAGUGGAAAGGUUGUUUAUGUUGUGGUAGUGUUGCCAUUCAUAAUAAUGAUAGUUCUACUUGCUCGAUUACUAACGCUUGAAGGAUCAUUUCCUGCUCUCAUACACUUUCUUCGUCCGAACUUGCAGGCACUGAAGAAUCUUACGGUGUGGGGCGAAGCAGCAGUGCACGCGUUUUAUUCAGUUGCUUGUUGUACAGGUGGCUUGUACACGACUUCAAGUUAUAACCGAUUUCACAAUAAUUUGUUCAAAGAUCUUUUGGCGUGA